AUGCGCGACGACGGCCAUAGGCCCUCGGGAGCCAGAGGAGCCCCUGAAGCACCUGGAAGCUGGGAAAUGGACUCAGUGACCUUUGAAGAUGUGGCUGUGACCUUCACUUGGGAAGAGUGGGCUUUGCUAGGUUCUUCACAGAAGAAUCUUUACAGAGAUGUGAUGCAGGAAACCUUCAGGAACCUGGCCUAUGUAGGAAUAAAAUGGGAAGACCAGAAUAUUGAAGAUGAGUACAAAAAUCCCAGGAGAAAUCUAAGGUAA